AUGACGGCCGAAGCGGAAUGGUCGUGGGGUCGGCUUGCGAAAUGCGAGCGCGAUCUUGGGUCGGCCACGCCCCGAAUAGACGGUGUCGAAUCAUCGUUGGCCACGCCUCAAGCCGAAACAGUGACCACGCCUACGGAUCGGAGUGGGGAUGAAGGGGAGCGGCUAAAAGGAGAGGAACUAACGCCGCCCAGAAAACCGGCGGGCGUUAGUUUCGCGCCUGCGGAUUCACAGCUGGAUUUCGGCGAUGUAGAGAACGAGAGGAGGAUAAUGGGUAGGUUUGAAUGA